AUGGCAGCGACGACUCUCUCCAUUGCAAGCACAAUCCGUUCCUCGUCUUAUCUCACUCCCGCUUCCGCCCAUGGCUUCCCUUCCCGACCCUCUGCAAUCGAAUUUCCGUCUCGCUUCGGCGCUUCGUCUUCCACAUUGACCCACCGCGCAACCCACCUCCGUCCCAUUGCCGCCGUUGAAGCUCCGGAGAAAAUCGAGAAGAUUGGAUCGGAAAUCUCGUCUCUGACCCUCGAAGAAGCCCGCAUCCUCGUCGACUACCUCCAGGACAAGUUCGGUGUCUCGCCACUCUCUUUAGCCCCAGCCGCAGCGGCUGUCGCUGCUCCGGGAGACGGUGGUGGUGCGGCGGCUGUAGUGGAAGAGCAGACUGAAUUCGAUGUGAUUAUCAACGAAGUGCCCAGCAGUUCUCGUAUCUCAGUCAUCAAAGCGGUUAGAGCUUUGACUAGCUUGGCGUUGAAGGAGGCGAAAGAGCUCAUCGAAGGGUUGCCGAAGAAGUUCAAGGAAGGCGCGACGAAGGAUGAAGCUGAAGAAGCCAAGAAGGUUCUCGAAGAAGCUGGCGCCAAGGUUUCCAUUGCUUAA